CAAAAAUGUUCUUUGGGUACACCAUUCUGUCAUGAUCAUUGCUGACAGUUGGUGUUGUUUUUGUGGUGCGAUAAAAACAUGGCUUCGUUCGUAGCCGCUAGCCGCGCUGCGAUUAAAUUUCUUCAGCUCCCGUCUGUUGGCUUCCUUGCGCCCUGUUUGCAGAAUGCGACCGUCAUCAAUCAGCAGCAGGUCCGACACCGGCGUACCAAGCACUGGGACCCCAAGUGGAAGCGAUUGCGUAAAGCGAAGUUUGUCAAGAUCGAUAUUCCGAAUCUGAACGAGCGGCCGGAAGACUUGUCGCAGGAAGAGAUGAAGACGCGCAUGAAGGAGCGUGGCAUCAUGCCGCCCCGGCCAUGGCUCGAGCGCCCGUUCCACAUCAGCUGCACGGGCGGUGUCUUCGAGCCGUACAUACCGCCGGAGGGGGACGGCCGCAUGUCGGCCAUCUCGCGCGAAGGUGCCAAGCAGAAGAUUGAGCAGCUGGAAAAGAAAACCAAAUCGAUGAUGGCGAUCCGCAAGAUUCGCAAUUACGACGAAGAUUUCGAACCGCCCGAGUUUGCCACACUGGCGCAGGACAUCUACAUCGAAGCGCACAAAACGCUGUGCGAGAAGAACAAGUACAAGCUGCGCGAGAUCGUCACGGAGCGGGCCUACCCGGAGCUGAUGCACAACGUGGCAGACAAGACGAUCCGGUGGCAGUUUCUGAAAUCGCUCGAACCGCCGCGCGUCGUCCAUGCGCGCUGCACCGAUGUGAUUACGAAGGAAAACAUCUUCGCCCAGGUGACGGUCCGCUUCCACAGCCAGCAAACGUUGGCCAUCUACGACCGGUUCGGGCGGCUGAUGCACGGUAGCGAGACGGUAGCGAAGGAUUGUCUCGAGUAUGUCGUGUUCGAGAAGCAUCUGGCCAACGAGUACGGCGUGUGGCGAUUGCACGAGAAAAUUAUUCCCGACUGGAUGCCACCGAAGGCGCCCGCUUUCAUCACGUACCGCGUGGACGAUGAACCGCCGGUGGCGGCGGCGGAAGCGGAAUCGAAGGAGGUCGUACCGGCGGAAGGUGCGGCCAAGGCCGAAACGGUUGCAACUGCUUGAAGCGCGGCGCUAACAACUGGUGACCGUUUAUGAUGAUGCAUUAUUAGUCGUUAUAAUAAAAAACAAAUAAUCGUA